UUGCAACCGUGGCUGCUACACUACAGUUUAAAUUAACUUUGAGCAUUCGCUCGAUUUUCAGCAGUAUCUUUUCGUAAAACUACUUCCGUUGUGCAUUUAAUAGGGACAAGCGGAGUGUUUUUGAUCUCGAACUGAAGGGCUAAGCUAAACGCGAUAAUUGAAAGGACCGCCGCCGAGACGCGAGGCACACAUAGAAAAAUCGGAUCAACCGACAGACAAAGCUGAACUGCGGUCGUCGGCGACAAAGUGCGCUGUACACGGACGACCAGAAAUCGGUACGCGAGCUAGUUUUUUUUCGCGUUUCAGUUUGGGUUUCAGUUACCUGUGCGCAACAUCCCCGUGUAUUUGCCCUUCGCUGCGGUCCGUGGAUAGAGUUUUGGGCAAAUAUAUCCAACGAAAAACCCGUUGCCCGCCGUUUGCUUACCAAUUUCCCGUGCCCGGCAGGCGAAACUACGUAAGCGGGCGAAAGCAGCCCAGUGGUGAACUCCGUGUGGCAGCGUUUUCGGUUGUGUGCUUCUGGGGCACCAGAGUACCAGCUCGGCAGUGCUCGUGUUCGCAACCGUUUGGCUACAGCUAGCACCCUGGAGAAGCAAAACAAACGCGCCCAGCUCAUCCGGGACAAGAUGGUGUUGGCUGAGCGCAACACCACAGACGUGGUGCGGAACGGGCGUCGGUCUCGCGGUCCCAGUCCCAACACGCACACCACAGGCGGCGUGGCCAACAGCACCAGCCUAGUGGGCAGUGGAGGCGGCAACUCCGGCAACUCUGGGAACGCCAGCGAGAAGACUACCACAGCAGUGCCAGGUGCGGGCACGCCGGAGAGCUCUGACGACGACAAUUCCACCAAGCGGAACGGCAAGAGCAAGGCCAAACAGUCCGAGUACGAAGAGAAAAUUCGCGUGGGACGGGACUACCAGGCGGUAUGCCCGCCACUCGUGCCGGAGGUGGAGCGACGCCCGGAACAGAUGAACGAACGCGCCCUCCUGGUCUGGUCACCCACUAAGGAGAUCCCGGAUCUGAAACUGGAGGAGUACAUCUCGGUGGCCAAGGAGAAGUACGGUUACAAUGGCGAGCAGGCCUUGGGCAUGCUCUUCUGGCACAAACACGACCUGGAGCGGGCCGUGAUGGACCUGGCCAACUUCACACCCUUCCCUGACGAGUGGACCAUCGAGGACAAGGUGCUGUUCGAGCAGGCCUUCCAGUUUCACGGGAAGAGCUUCCACCGCAUACGCCAGAUGCUGCCAGACAAAUCAAUCGCCAGUUUGGUAAAGUAUUACUACUCGUGGAAGAAGACGCGCCACCGCAGCAGCGCCAUGGAUCGGCAGGAGAAGACCAUCAAGGCGGUGGUCAAGGAUGGCUCUGAAAACGGCAGCGAGGUGGGCAGCAAUGAGGAGUCUGAUAACGAUGACAAGAAGGGGAAUAGCAACAAUAGCACCACAACUAUAACCGACGCCACAACGACCUCUACCAACACCACCACUACCACCACUCCCGCAAACACCACUGCCAACACCAUCAACAACAACAACAAUCACAGCAACAGCAACAACAACAGCGGGAGCAACAACCAUAGUAGCAGUGGUAACAACGGCAACAACAACAACAACAACGGGGAUGAGAACAACCAAGGCGGCGGGAGCAACAGCAGCAACACCAGCAACAACGAUUUGGACGCCGAGCAGUUGUGCAUCUUCGCGGCAAAUGCCCAGGGUGACGAAGUGCUAGGAUUUGGCCUCUCCGCCGAUGGUGCCACCAAUGGCAGCAACAAUGGCGAGAUCGGUGGCGAUCCCAGCCAGGUGCGACGCGUGGUUGUGGGCGGUUUUUGCAAGAUUUGCAAUGUGGUGUGCCACGUGCUGCACGACUCGCCGCUGGGGCGCAUGUGCAAGAGUUGUCACACCCACUGGAGGCGCACGGGCAACCCGCGACCCAUCUCCGGGCCGGAGGGCAAUGCUCCCCGACGAUCCACCCAUAACUGCGCCGCGAACGCCGAUCGCUCCAAACGCAAACCGCCCAAGGGCAUGUACAUCAAUCAUGAUGAUUUAACGGCCCUCGCAAGCUGCAAGAAUCCCAGCAUCUACUUGGCGGAACGGGAUCGGAAGAUAACAGCCCUCAUGGCCGAAAUACAGAAGAAUAGGCAGAUGAUGGAGCAGCUAGACAAGGAGUGCGACUCCAUCAACGUCGAGGACGUGGUGUCCAAACCGGCGGCGGCCAACACCGAAACUGCCCAGCCACGCAUUUCCGCCCGCUGGUUGCCGGACGAGAUCCAAGUGGCUCUGCUGGCGCUCCGCGAAUACGGAAAAAACUUUCCUAUGAUUGCCAAGCUGGUGACCACCAAGACGGAGGCGCAUGUGCGAACCUUCUACGUGAACAAUCGGCGACGAUACAAUCUUGACCAGAUCGUAAAGGAGUAUGAAGCCGGAAAAUCGGAGGAGUCUGGCCCGGAGGACCCGAGUAGUGAGCCAGUCGUCGAUGCAGCGGCAGCAACACCAGCAGCGGCAUCAGCGACUAUAUCGGGACCCGGUGCGGUCGAUUCGGCAUCGGCGACGACUGCGACGGCAGUCAGGAAGCAGUCCACCGAAACCAGCAACAACGGCGUCGACCCGAACCAGGAAUCGCCGCCGAAGAAGGAGGACGCCAAGAAGCCAGAGCUGGGGACGGCGGGUGCACUAAAGAGUGGUGCUGGCGAAGCAGCAGAUGCCACGCCCGCCGUGGCAUCCACCGUGAGCUCCAGCCCAGCCACCGGCACCGUUGCAGCUGGCACCGCCAGCAACAAGCCCACCAGUGCUACAAUCACCAUUACCGAUGAGUCCGACACAGCCACGAACUCGAGCAGUGACGUGGUCACCACUGGAUCGGCCGGAGCCACCGGCUCGUCGUUACUGUCCAGCGCAAGUUCUGCGCCCGCACCCAAAUCUCAAGCCAGCAGCGAAGAGCUAAAGUCCAAUCCCUCGAGCGGGGUCGUCGUUGCGGCUUCCAGCACGGCUGCCAAUCCCACAAGCAAGCGGGAUAGUAGCACCGUAUUGACCAUUGCCGAGCAGCCACCAGCCAAGAAAGUCGCACUGAGCGGCGGCGUAGAGUUCCUGGGAAAGUGAGGAGACCCCAGCGGCGCCGGGGGAUGUGUUCACUCUCGAUAUAUAUACACGCAUAAAUAUAUACCGGUACAUAACAUAGCCUGAUGUUGGGCGGCGGCCAGGAUGUGUUCGCGAGAAGCUGAGAAAACACGUCCAAGAGCUGUGCAGCCUGCCAUACGGCUGCUGGCCGGAUUCCUUUUUUUUUUAUUUGUCUAUAAAAUUUGGGACGCAUUUACUAUAAAAAAGCAUCACGGCUUAAUCUAGGCUUGUAGAAAUUAGUUUGUUUGUAUUUUGGGUAACACUAAAUCGGUUUGACAUGUUGCACGGCUGUAAAUCGAGGAUCCUACAUGCAUAAAUACUUCAACACAUGCGCGUAAUCUUUGACUAUGAAGCUUGGUAAAUGCAAAGAAAGGAUAUGAAAGAUAUUUGCAUCUUUCACAAAAAGUUGUAUAGGUCAGAGAUGAUUUUUAAUGGGUUAACGGGUAAGAUACUUUCCUAUGCCGGGGUCGCGGCCACGUACACCACACAAAACUAAUGAGUAGUACACACAGCGGUAGAAAAAGCAGCGUUAGUGCAUAAUAUGUAUGUAAUAUUAUGAUAACUUUAACACAAUCGAUUUAUACACGUGUAAAUUAUUAACUUAAAUGUCUUUUUUUUUCGUGAAAUAAUUUAGCAUUUAAAAUAAAGUACUUCGGCUAGGCUUGUAGGCAAAGUCGUCGAAAAUAUGAUCGCCGCUAUCACAGGAAAAGUUGGAGGAACGCAAUGGAAACGCUGGAUCCACUCCACACCCAUAUUCAGCAACGAGUUUCUGUUAGGCUAAUUAUAAUGUAACUAAAAACACUUGGCAACAAAUGUAUACAAGCAGCGCUAUUCGUUUAAGAAAACCAAUUAAAUAUGUAAUACUACGAAAA